AUGGAAGCCAUAAUGAUGGAGAAGGGACUCACUGAGGCCAUUGAUGAUGGACGCAUUGGUCCCACGAAUGAUCCCAAGGUUCGAUAUAUGACCUUGGCAAAGGAAUUUGGGUGGGACAAACAACUUGCUAAGAAAAUUUGGUGCUUUGGUCUUGAAAGUAUUGGUCCCAACAUGGUUAUGGAUAUGUGUAGGGGAGUCCAGUAUUUGAACGAAAUCAAGGACUCUGUUGUUGUCGGUUUUCAAUUAGCGUUUAAGACAGAGGCAUUGGCUGAAGAAAACAUGUGUUGCAUUUGCUUCAAGGUGUGUGAUGUGGUUCUUCAUGCUGAUGCUAAUCACAGAGGUGGUGGAUACGUUAUUCCCGUCGCUAGGAUGGUCAUCUAUGCCUUCCAGAUUACAACUAAGCCUUGCAUUUUGGAACCCGUGUACCUUGUGGAGAUCUAG